AUGGCAACAUUAGAGAUACUUCUAGUACUCCUUGAUAUUGCUAUCGCGCUUUACAUUUUCGAGGAUACCAAAAGUUACUUUGCAUCAAACUAUUGUGAAAAAAAAAGUUAUCGAUUUUGUUUUGUUAACCCGGCGUUUUAUAUUAAAAUCACAAUGUCUGGUGAGCCCGAGGUAACCCGUACACCUGAGGAAGAAGGAGACGAAGAGGAAAUCAAGUCUUCAUACAGACCACCACCAGAGAAGACCAUCGAUGAGAUUCUUGCUGCCGAUCAAGAAGAUGAGUCGCUACGGAAGUACAAAGAAGCCCUUCUCGGAGAAGCUCAAGCUGGGGCUGUUAUUGUUGAUCCAAACGACGAACGCAAGGUGAUUGUCAAGAAGUUGGCGCUGUGCGUCGCUGGACGUGAUGACGUUGAGCUGGACCUCAGCGGGGACUUGACUGACCUUAAAAAACAGGUGUUCGUGAUCAAAGAGGGCGUGCAGUACAAGAUAAGGAUAGACUUCAUCGUGCAGCGCGAGAUCGUGCACGGCCUAAAAUACGUGCAGAAGACCUAUCGGCUCGGAGUACCAGUUGACAAAAUGACCCAUAUGGUUGGCUCCUACCCUCCGAAGACCGAGAUCCAGUCGUACACCACACCGCCAGAAGACGCGCCCUCAGGCUUGGUUGCCCGAGGUUCUUACUCUGUCAACAGCCUCUUCACCGACGACGACAAGAAUGUUCACCUGCAAUGGGAGUGGUGCUUCGACAUCAAAAAAGACUGGAAGGAUUAA